AUGAGUGGCCUUGACAGCAUCCUUAAACGCCGUGCUCCGUCCGCCUGGCAUCGCUUUCUGGCUUCUCCAUCGGAGUACCUCGCGCAAUUCGUUUACUAUGGGCGUCUUCGUUCGUUUGAAUCACGCCCUUCUCCCAUCAAAAGAUCUCAAUCCCCGUCGCGGCCCAUCCGCCUCGUCUGCAUAUCCGACACGCACAGUACGCACGCGUCCCAACCUCCGCUUCCCGAAGGCGACAUUCUGAUCCAUGCCGGCGAUCUCACAUACUCCGGCACGCCCGCUGAGCUCGAGAGCGCGCUGGGAUGGCUCGACUCACAGCCACAGUCCGUCAAGAUAUUUGUUGCCGGAAACCAUGACACUGGGCUCGCGGAUGCCCGCGAGCGCGAGCGGCUAUUGAACCGGCAUCCCGCUUUGAUCUACCUCGACGACGAGGAGACAACCAUCAACGUUCAUGGUCGGACCCUCAGGAUAUAUGGCUCACCACGCACACCAAAACACGGCUCUUGGCCGUUUCAAUAUCCUCGCGUUCCCGCUGAUGCCCCGCAUACCGACGUGUGGUCGUCGAUAUCACCGGCCACUGAUAUCCUUGUCACGCAUGGUCCCCCCAUGUCGCAUCUGGACUGUGGCGGCCUCGGGUGCGCUGCACUACUGGAAGCACUGUGGCGCGUGCGGCCGCGGGUGCAUGUGUUCGGGCAUGUUCACGCCGGGCGCGGUCUCGAACGGGUAGCGUGGGGGAGGUCGCAGAGGGCGUACGAAGGAGUGUGCAGAGGAGAAGGGUGGCUCGGGUUGGCGAAGCUGCUGUGUUGGACUUUCGUUGAGAAGCUGCGAGGAAGCUUGCAAGACGAUGGUACGGUGCUUGUCAAUGCCGCUGCUGUUGGCGGGCUUCGGGAUGAUAGGCGGCUAGGCGCUAUAGUUGUUCAUAUAUGA